AAUUGUCCUGAUUUUAGAUCUUGUGUGUGAUGGCUUCCAAAAAUAGAGACCGCGCGCCACAAAUGCCGCAAUAUGAGCAGCGUGUCCCUCCGAUCCCACUUCCAAGAGUGCCGUACCUAGUUGACCACAAGUUGAUUCCUCCAUAACUAAACUUGGUGGACGAAAAAAGAAGUGUCGGUGGCCUUGAUGACAAUUCAUUGACUCCAAUCGACGAUAUGAUCGCUGAGUUAGAAGCCAGAUUUCCCGAGUAUCGACGUAAGAAGAAGCGAAGUUUUCGCAGAUCCGUCGAGAAGUGUUACUCUAUACUUCGUCAAGACCUGGGAAUCCCGUCAAGUGACAGUGAAACGAUCGUCGAUGAAGAUGAUGAUAUGCCGCAAGUUCUGGAAGAAGUUUAUGCUGAUAUUCAGAAGACUUCAAUGAACUCCAGUAUAUCGAAACUGUACCAUUCCGGUGCUAGUUCAGCAGCGCAGGGGUCGCCCGCUAAGAAACCUCGUCCCUCAAACGCUGUAAGAAGAAAUAAUGAAGAAUCAACGGCAUCGCAGCCGAAGAAGAAACGAUCCAAAGGAAUCGAUGUGUCACCGGAAAUACCUUCAGUAAAAUUCUGUGAUGUUGGUGGGGCACAGGUUGCAGUGAAGGAGAUAAAAAGACUCGUUUUCCACAUGGAACAUCCGGAGGUGUUCGCAAAAAUCGGUGUUUCACCACCUCGUGGCUUCCUCUUACAUGGACCUCCGGGAAGUGGUAAAACUUUACUGGGCCGAGCCGUUGCCGGAGAACUCGGCAUUCCCUUGAUAAAGGUUGCUGCGACUGAAAUGAUCAGUGGGGUUUCUGGUGAAAGUGAAGGAAGACUACGAGACGUUUUUGAAGCUGCACUAAAUGCGGCACCGUGUGUCCUUUUUAUCGACGAAAUUGACUCAAUCACGCCGAAGCGAGAAACUGCUGGAAAAGAAAUGGAACGUCGGGUUGUCGCGCAACUUGUGUCUUGUUUAGAUGAUAUGGCCUGUCACGUCAACGGCUCAAAGGUCGUUGUUGUGGGUGCUACAAGUCGCCCUGAUUCCUUGGACCCCGGGCUUCGUCGUGGUGGCCGAUUUGAUCGUGAAAUUUCCUUGGGUAUUCCCGAUAUGGCAGCCCGGAAAGAAAUCCUCCACAUUCUCUGUGCAGACCUCACGUUGGCGCCUAAUUUCGAUUUUGAUCUUGUGGCGAGGAGAACACCAGGUUUCGUGGGUGCAGAUUUGGCGUCGCUGACUCGCGAAGCUGCGAUGAUCGCCGUGAAUCGUUCAUUCUCGAAUCUGGAGGCAGGAACAGAGUUGACGCUGUGUGUAACUGAUGAAGAUUUUGUAACUGCUUCCAAAACCGUUCAGCCAUCUGCGAAGCGUGAAGGCUUUGCUACUGUUCCAGAUGUCACAUGGGACGAUGUUGGAGCUUUGAGUGAUAUCAGAGAGGAAUUAGAAGUUAGUAUCAUGGCACCAGUGAAAUUUCCAGAACAGUUUGAGGCUCUAGGCUUAGGAAACCCAUCUGGUGUACUUCUUUGCGGUCCUCCGGGAUGCGGGAAGACAUUGCUUGCCAAAGCCGUAGCCAAUGAAGCCAACAUCAACUUUAUAUCUGUGAAAGGACCUGAGCUGUUGAACAUGUACGUCGGCGAAAGUGAGCGUGCUGUGCGGGCAUGUUUCGUGAGAGCCAGAAAUUCCGCACCUUGUGUAAUAUUUUUUGACGAGCUGGAUUCCUUGUGUCCGAAACGAUCUUCGGGUCCUGGAGGAGAUGGUGCUUCCGGCCGUGUUGUCAAUCAACUAUUGACCGAGAUGGAUGGUGUCGGAGGACGGAAAGGAGUUUUUGUUAUGGCUGCGACGAAUAGACCUGACAUCCUCGAUCCCGCCGUCCUAAGACCUGGUCGACUGGAUAAGAUUCUCUACGUUGGUCUUCCGUGUCCCGACGACAGAGCUGACAUAAUUUUCGCCUUGACAGCAGGUGGCACAAAGCCCAAGCUCAAGCCUGGUGUCGACCUCGCGGCUAUUGCCAGAUCACCGCGUUGCGACGGCUUUUCCGGCGCGGAUCUCGCAGCUUUGGUUCGAGAGGCUUCUGUUGCCGCGCUGAAAGAGAUUUUAAAGUUCGAUUCGGAAACUAGUGCUAAACCGGGUAUCGUCUCUGUUGGCAAUGAACAUUUCGAUUUCGCGUUUGAGAAAGUGUCACCGUCAAAUAACCCUGAAGAACGUAAAAAAUACGAAGCUUUGAGAGAUAAGCUGAAUUUGGGGAAGUUUAAAGUGGCGAAAUAA